AACAACCGGCCCCACAUGGCGGGCGGGGCCGGGGCCCCGCGGUCCCGCCUCAGCACCGCCCCGGCCCCUCCUCAGGUGCGGCCGGCGCCGCCCCGCGCAGGUCGGGGCCCGGAAGGCCCGGGGCGGCGGUGGCGGGAGGCGAUGGCGGGCGCGGGGCCGCUGGGACCGCUGCUCCUGCUGCUGCCGCCCCUCCUGUUGCUGACCCCCGGCGCGGCCCUGCGGCUGCUGCUGGACGCCGCGCCGCCCUUCACCUGCUCCCAGCCGGAUUUAAACUGUCUCGUAAGAAAUAGUACCUGCAUGGAGUCGAGCUGGCUGAAGCUUCCAGGUUGGACUCCUUCUGCUCCAAGCAGUCUUUAUGUCUCUUCUCAUGUUUUCCGUCAGGUGGAUGGAAAACUGCUCCCUGUGCUUCAGAUAGAAUGGAAAGUGGCUACUGAUGCCAGCAUCCGCUGUCUGGAAGGGGCAGAGCUCGCCGUGCUGCAGGUGAACAGCAAUCAACAGGUCUGUGCCCAGUUUGACUUCCAGAACAAUUUGCCUCUUCAGGUCCGUCCGGAUGGAGGCCGGUGGAAUUUCACUUUUGACCGUUUUGAAGUAGAACCUGGCCAGACUUACCAAGUGACUGUCUACCACCUGCCCAAGCUGGGUGUAAAUGGAGACUACAACUGCAAGUCCACGUCUGUCACAGUGCCUGACUGCAGCGAUUCUCUGAUGAAAAAAACCAUCCCAUGUAUAAAGACAGGCAGCUCGUGGGAACCCAGGAUCCAGGGUAAAAGUCUAGAUGAUACAACUCUGCUCGUGAGCUUCACCCCAUGGAUGGAGCCAGCCCGAUACCACAUUCAUGUGGCCAGUUACCUGCAUGAGAAGAAGUGUAAAAUGAUCACACAUGAUUUCACUGAGGGUGGACUACAAGAGCAAGUGAAUGUCACAAUCAAAAUAGAAAAGAACAUAAAAGCUUGCUGCAGCUACAAAAUACAGAUUCAGCCAUUCUUUGCGAACUGUGGCACAGACUGUCUGAGACACUCUGCUUUCAUCCCAUGUCCACCAGCUCCAAGUGCAGACCCAUCAGGACGCCAACAAGGGAAAUCCAACCACAGUGAUUUGCAAACUGCACCAUAUACCGACCUCCCCCUGCCGCCCUUGAAGCCCCGGAAGGUUUGGAUUGUGUACUCUGCUGACCACCUGCUGUACGUGGACGUGGUGCUGAAGUUUGCUGAGUUCCUGAUGACGGUCUGUGGCACUGCUGUAGCCUUAGACCUGCUAGAAGAUCAUCAGAUCUCGGAGUUAGGGCCGUUGCCCUGGCUUACUCGGCAGAAGAAGGAAAUGGAAGACCUGUCUUCAAAGAUCAUUAUCUUGUGUUCUCGGGGCACCCAGGCCAAAUGGCAAGCCAUGCUUGGGAGUGAGCCUGUGUGUCUCAAACAAGAUCAACAGAAGCCAAUGGGAGACCUGUUCACCCCAGCCUUGAAUUUGAUCCUGCCAGAUUUCAAGAAGCCAGCCUGCUUUGGGAUGUACAUAGUCUGCUACUUUGAGGGAAUAAGCAGUGAGAAAGAUAUACCUGAUCUGUUCAAUGUCACAUCCAGGUACCAGCUGAUGGACAAAUUUGAGGAUAUUUAUUUUCGGAUUCAGGAUUUGGAGAAGUUUGAACCUGGGCGGAUCCAUCGAAUCCAGGAAAUCACGGCUGAAAAUUAUGUCGAUACCCCCAGUGGGAGGAAGUUGAAAGAGGCCGUACAGAAGUUCAAGAGCUGGCAGACUGAGCACCCAGACUGGUUUGAGAGGGAAACCAUCUGCUUGGAUAAUGAUGAAGAAUUGCAUUCCCUAAACAGAGAGAGCCAGGUGGAUUCAUUGCUGAGUGAAUCAAGUGGGAUUGUGAAACACCAGCUGCACCUGCGUGAGCCUGACCCCAACUGCUGUUAUGUCAUCAACCUCCACAUGCAUGAAGGUGAAAAUACAGGCUGUAAACUGCAGCCUCAACUUAAUCCAUGUGGGGAUCCAGCUUCUCAGACUGUGGUCCUUCCUGUGGAUGAGGCUCCUCUAGUUCAAGUAGUGGAGCCAGUCUCUCCCGUGGAAGACAGAAAUGUACUUAGUCAUCAUGUGCUGAGUAAUGAGAACUGUAUGGAAGGAGUUCCUCUUCUGGAGACAAGCUUUCCAAUGAGGAAUAACAUCAUUCUCCACGAUGACUCUGACGUUUCAGCAGUAGCUGACCACAGUCCUGCCAACCUCUCAGGUGAACUGAGGGACCAUCUGAAUGGGUUUAUGUACCCUCUUUAUCAACAGAGUGUCGUUCCUUCAGAGCUGUAUCUCUGCCAGGAGGAGGCUGACGGGCAGCACCAGUUGGUCUUUGAUGACCAGUGCAAAGACCAAAGACAGUCAGUGCAGUCAGACCAGGGCUACAUCUCUAGAUGUUCUCCUCUGCCUCCUGAUGACCUCGUAGAGGAGGAGGAGGAAGAGGAGGAGGAGGAUCAAGAAAAACAGGUAGUCUCCCAUGAACUCUCUCCAGAGGUCUUGAACAGUCUAAGGAGCCUCCAGAAGCAGCUGUUUUUCCAGGACAUUCAGAGGAGCUCUAACUGGAGCUAUCCAGCUGAGGUGAUGGACAUUGACCAGUCUCUGGAGGACUGUUAGGUUCUGUCUGGGACCUGCUCCAUUUGAAAUACAGAGGUGGAAGGUGGUCCCGUGCAGAAUACUGAAACUGCAUUUCCAACACCAUCCUUGUCCUUGUAUUGUAAAUGACUUAGCAGUGGGAUCUGUCUGCUGCUGGGAUGCAGGGUUGCCCAGCAGACUGGUGAUGUUGCUUCCAGUCUCUGUGGGGAGAAGCAAUGAAUAUUGCUCACCUCUGUGAAAGAACAGGCAGUAGCUCUGUUCCUUGGGGAAAGGCAUUAAAUUGAAUCCUCACUGAUAGAUGGCAGAAAAAUUACUGUGGCUUAUCCACUCGUGCCUUCAAAAUGCCCUCCAGCUGAACUGAUGCUAUUGCACUGGAUAAAAGUCAUGGCCAGGGUUUGGAAAAUAGAUUUAGAUAGCAUGGCAAAAUGUGCAUUGCCAUUUCCAUACACAUUUUAAAUGUUUUGUUGUAAAUACUGUGUCAAAGAUGUGUGCCUUAAAUCUCAGCUAGGUUAGUGCUUUUUCUACCUGUUGAUUCAUAUGCCUGAAGACUUUUCUUUUGCCACUCAUCCAUUAAUUUCCAGCUGCAUUUCCAUGGUCAUUCAGAAAUCAAGUGGAGUAACUGAGCAGUAGGUGGGAUAAACUUUUAAAUUGUGAGUCUUCAUAACUCUCCCUGCCUCCCUGCUGGGAGGUAUGGGCUUGAAAACUAGCAAUAGCAGGAAGGGGGAAAAGGGAGAUAAAGGACCAAAAAAUGGAAUUUGGAGUUGUUGCACAAUUUUGAGAAAAAUCUGCGGCUAAAUAGAGAAUCUUUGAAUUGGAAAUCUGCUGUAUCCUGCUACACAGUGCUGCAGUGCUGUUUGCUUUUGGGUAUCUUGGCACCAGGGAGAUGUGAACUGAAGAUGUAGGUAGUGGCACACAAUUAAAGAAAUGAAAGACUAUUUUGGAGGAGAAAAAAGCUCAGCUUCAGCAGACGCUGUUUUAGAGCGGAGGUUAUAUCUGAGUUAUGGGAGGCUGAGUGAAAAUGACUGUAACAUGUACUUGUGUGGGUAUAAACUCAAACACAGGUAGUUCAGGUUAACCAUAGUGAAAUACUGAAUAGACCAAGGGGUUCAUCCUCCAGGAGCAGUGAUGGUAACUCUAUCAAUUCCAGUGUUUUUUAAAAAUGGGGCUGAAUGCACUAGAAAAAAUUGUUCCCUGCGAGUAAUGGCACAUUGGCCCUUGUAGCACUGGCUGGGUAGCAGACUAGCUGAGGUUGGCAUUUACCCUGUUUCUUAUCACUGUUUCUGCAGCCCAGUGGACAACAGCCUGUGAGAUGUAAAUACACCCAGGUCUUUCUCCUGUGCCUUCAGACAAGCUUGUCGUCUUCCUGUCCUUCAAAGUUUACUUGUCAAAAAAUCUUAGGAUAAUUUUAUUUCAGCUUCUUAAAAGUCUGAUGUCUCAGAGAAUGAUCUAGUUUUUGACUUGCAAUGAAUAUUUUAUUAUGUAUAUUUUAUAAUUUUAUGAAUUGUGGGGGUUUUCCUUAAAUUAAAAACCAAGAAUACCUUUUGAAUAUA